CUUCCUCUCUCUCUCUCUCUCUCUUCCUCUCCGCCGAAGCAGAAGAGAAUUUAGUGGAAGAAAGGGUUCGCAUUGACACGUACGGCUUGUUAGCCAUUAUUUUUUUUUAAAAAAAAGAGAAACACACGCAACGCCGCUUUUGGUUUGCAUUUUUAGUGCAGGGGAGGGUAACGGUGAGGAAGGUCGAUGGAGAUUAAAUAUUGAAGAUUGAACUUGAGACUGAAGUAGAUUGAAGUGCUUAGCUCCAGAAUUUAUUGAGAAAUGAGUCGUCAGACAGCCACAGCGCUCCCUACAGGUACAUCAAAGUGCACACCCUCGCAAAGAGUUCCUGCAUUGACUGGAACUACAGCCUCCAAUAGUGACCUAGCCAGUCUUUUUGAAUGUCCAGUGUGCUUUGACUAUGUGUUGCCACCAAUUCUUCAGUGCCAGAGUGGCCAUCUCGUCUGCAGCAAUUGUCGUCCUAAGCUUACAUGUUGUCCCACUUGUCGGGGCCCAUUGGGUUCCAUUCGUAAUUUGGCUAUGGAAAAAGUGGCCAACUCUGUACUGUUCCCAUGUAAAUAUGCCUCUUCAGGUUGUGAAAUCACACUACCACAUACUGAGAAAGCAGAUCAUGAGGAACUUUGCGAGUUCAGACCAUACUCGUGUCCUUGUCCUGGUGCUUCAUGUAAAUGGCAGGGAUCUCUGGAUGCUGUAAUGCCACACCUAAUGCAUCAACACAAAUCAAUCACAACCUUGCAGGGUGAGGACAUAGUCUUUCUGGCAACAGACAUCAACCUCCCAGGUGCUGUAGAUUGGGUCAUGAUGCAAUCGUGUUUUGGCUUCCACUUUAUGUUGGUCUUAGAAAAACAGGAAAAAUAUGAUGGUCAUCAACAGUUCUUUGCCAUAGUACAGCUAAUUGGAACACGCAAGCAAGCUGAAAACUUUGCUUAUCGACUUGAACUCAAUGGGCACAGACGGCGACUGACUUGGGAAGCAACUCCUCGAUCCAUUCAUGAGGGUAUUGCCACAGCAAUUAUGAAUAGUGACUGUCUAGUCUUUGACACUAGCAUUGCACAGCUGUUUGCAGAAAAUGGCAAUCUGGGAAUCAAUGUAACCAUCUCCAUGUGUUGAAGCUGACAGUUUACAGUUCACUUGUCAGGCCAGUGUUGGGGCAGUUAACAUUUAAACAUUGGAGGUGAUGUACAAGAUUUUGCUGCCAGGCAUUUAUCAAUAUGGCUUCUUGGAUGAGGUCUGUCAUGAUAGCUACAUACAAAACUGGCUUACAGUAAAAUAGUUGUAUAUGUUUAACACUAACCAUAAACCACUGAACAGAAACCUGUACUGGGCUUUUUGUAGAAAAUAGUGCUAUGAGCCUAAUGGAAAAUGGAAAGGGGUAAAGUUAAAAAUGUAAGUUCUGCAAUCUUGUGUUGAAGUUCCUAUUGAUUGUACUGUUAGCAAAUCCAACUUUUUUGUUUUCUUUCCUUGACUGGCAAGCUAUCGGGCAGUAUUACGUCACUGCUUUUUUUUGUAAUUGUCACUACAUAGAAUUGCUGCUGUUUGUGUAAAUUCUUUGUAUGGCUUUUUUUAUUAUAAACUUGCUAGUUCAAAUUUCCCUUUUUAUAUAAUGUCCCUUAUUUCUUGUGUGAAUAUUCAACUUGCAAAUUAGUUAUACUGUACACUUGAGUCAUUUUAAAAUGUCUUCUAGAAUAAAUCUACUGUUAACUACCAAACCCAAGUUGGAAUGUCAAUUACUAUUUCACUACAAAUUCUGUUCUGAAUUACUAAAAUCUAAUUAGUUUCUACACAAGAUAUUUGGAAACAACAUUAUUGCACUCUUAUUAUUUGAACAUCCCAUUGAGAAAUGUAAUCCUUAUUCAAUCUAUUUAAAAGGAGCUAUAUUUUCUUACUGCAGAUUGAAGGUUUUCCAAGUUUUUGGAGCAAGCCUAAUGUGCCCAUCGUAGGAUUCUUUGCCUUUUUUAUUUUACUGUCCCCAGUUUGUUUUUGGGAGAAUAAGCCUUUUUUUGAAGGUCAUAGUAAUGUCUAAGAUUUGAGCAUGUUUCUCUCCCCCCCCGCCCCCAUUAAGGAAGUUGGCUGGAGUGCUACAAAUGUUUGUUUUUGAAAGUCUGGAUAAAGUUUCAGAGCCUGUUCCUAAACCUUUUCUUUCUUGUAUUCAGAAAGUUUAAUUGGAUGGGAGUAAUUGAUUUCAGAAUUGCCAAGCCAAACUUAUUUUGUCUUCCCUGAAUUCUAGAACUGUCUAGUUUAGGAUUGUUAGUUUAAUACAACUAAGUUGUGAACCAGUAUAAUAAACUAUCUGAAAAUAUUUUUCCACUUAAGAAUUUUACUUUAAUGUUCCAAUGCUUUACUAAAGGUUUCAUUUAUAGACCGUGCAAAUGAUCAUCCGGUCCUAUACUUGCACAGACAAAUUGAAUAUUGGAUUAAAAUUAGUCUAACUGCAACUUUUGUAGGCAAAGUAGCUUCCAGUAAAUGGAACUGGCAGUGUACUUGAGGAUGGAAAAUGUUCUAAAAUCCACCAUAAAAUUUCCAUUAAGAGUUGAUUUGACUUUUUUUGCAACUGUUAAUGUUUACAUUCAUUGCCAGAUUUGAGAAUAUCAGUGCUUUUAAGUUGUAUAUUGAGUGGUUAAUGCAACCUUGAGUCCAACUAAGGAAAAUGUUUGGCAACAUUGUUGUUCCUUUUUGUUAUGCUUUCAAACAGAUUUUGGCUGGAGCAAAUUUGCAAUGCUAUUUUAUUCGAUUACUUCCCUCUAACCAGCAGUUUAGCAUACCUCCAUCAGUUGUAUACAAAAUUAUAUGGAUGGGAUUUUUUUUUAAAAAAAGCCUUAUACUUGUAACAUGUUGCAACAAUGCAUAUUGUAAACAGUAAUUCUGUGGUAAGAUUAGGUUUGUAAAUACAUAUUAAUGAAAGCUGUAAAUGUGCAUUAAAGGGAGUUAACUUUAGGUUGCAUUAAACAGAUGACCUGUUAAAAGGUCUGAAACUGCGUAAAUGUUUUUUGCAGUUGCUCUCAUAGGUUAUAUCUAUACAAUGUAGUGAAAUCAACACCUUAAAGCUGCUUUGGAUAAUAUUUUCCCCUUUCCCUAUCCUUUUAACUUCCACCACCAAAACUCGAAAGCCCAUUUCAUUUGAUUAUAGCAAAUCUUCUCUAACCAAGGACAGUUUUACAACCAUAAUACAGAUAAUUGUUUCUAGAUCAGAUUUAAAUAUGCCAGCUUUAAGUGGCUUGGUAAAAAACUGUCUUAAGUUCUCUUCCCUCCUGCAAUUGACUACAAAGGUUUGUUUGUUCCAAUAUACAUUUUUAGUGUGAUAAAACACAAGUCUACUAGUAUUAAUAGUGAACCUUGAUUACAGUUUUAAAACUAUACUGUAACAUGCUUUCCUCAUGUUAGCCCUAUGGAUUAACACAUGGUGUCAUAUGACAGUGGACUGACUUGUAAGCCAGUCACACAUAACAUUAAAAUGUGUAGUAUGUGGAAUUUGGCCACUUGUGCAAUAUACUGAUCCUUAUUUACAUUACAUUAAUAUUUUUCAGUUAAUUUAAAACUUUUCCUACCAAGGCCAUUUUUCUAUUUGACUUUCUUUCGUGGUAGGUCCAUUUCCUUAAUGCUUCGCACUAUGCUGUUGUACAGUAAAUGAUGCAGUGUAAGGGAUUAUGUUUAUAAUACUGUUUUGCCUGCAACUUGAUUUAUUGUGUUGAGCUUUAUUCACAUUUUAAACUCAAAUAAAAGUUGGAUACCA